ACUUAACAACUUUUAUAGAUUUGAUCGGUAAAGACUCGGCCGAAAAGAAAAGGAAUGAAUAAAAUAAGAGAAGAAAAUCACACUCAUUAAUAUUCCAUCUCUCUCUUCUUAAUCUCACAGAGAUCGGUGGGAGGUCGGCAGUUGAUAUGGUUUGAUCUGUCAAGAAAGGAGAGGAGGAGGAGGAGGAGGAAGAAGAAGAAGAAGAAGAGUCGGAGAAGCAAGUUGUAGUGUUUGUUGAUCAGAUAUCACACCAAAAGCAUACCCACAAGCAUUUUGCAUGUUUUCUUCACUUAAUAUUCCUUACUACAAUCUCGCUCAAACUCACACAUCACCCAUUUCUACACUUUCAGGUUUUUCACAUCUUUCUUGCACCAUUUCUUCUUCUGCUAUCCUGAGUUUGAUUUAAUCAUUUAAUCCCUUCUUGGGUUCUUCUCUUCUCUCUUUUGUUUUUCCUCGCUUAACUGAAUCUUGUAUAGCUCUAGCUCUACUUCUGAAUACCCACCCAUUUUGAGUUUCUUUCUCUUUUGUUUAUCUCUUUUCGGAUGUAUAGAGACUGAAGAAAGAAAAUGUCGGACAUGAGGAACUCUGCAAAUCAGGUUAUGAUGGAAAUAGAGGCAGGAAAGCCUCAGGGUAAUGGAAUGGUGGCAGGAGGUCUGAGCCCUCUGAGUGAGUUCUUGUGGAGGGAGAAGGCCGAGACAGAAUUUCUGGGUGAUGUCUCAGCAAAGCUCACCUGGAAGGAUCUGACGGUGACUGUCUCACUACCAAACGGAGAGGCCCAAAAGGUUUUGGAGGGGCUCACCGGCUAUGCCGUGCCAGGCACCCUUACAGCUCUCAUGGGGCCAUCAGGCUCAGGGAAAUCAACCCUCCUUGAUGCUCUCUCUAGUCGUUUGGCUGCCAAUGCCUUUCUCUCAGGAAGCAUUCUUCUUAACGGCAGAAAGACGAAGCUGUCGUUUGGAACGGCGGCGUAUGUGACCCAAGAUGACAACUUGAUCGGCACUCUUACAGUUCGGGAAACGAUUUUAUACUCUGCUCGCCUCCGUCUUCCUGAUAAGAUGCCGUGGUCUGAGAAACAAGAGCUGGUUGAGAGCACCAUCGUUGAAAUGGGUCUUCAAGACUGUGCAGAUACAGUGGUAGGGAACUGGCAUUUACGUGGUAUAAGCGGAGGAGAGAAGAGGAGGGUCAGUAUUGCUCUCGAGAUCUUGAUGAGACCUAGAUUGCUCUUCCUGGACGAGCCCACAAGUGGGCUUGAUAGUGCCUCAGCCUUCUUUGUGACUCAGACUCUGCGUAGUCUAUCUCGGGGUGGUCGGACUGUUAUAUGCUCAAUUCACCAGCCCAGCAGUGAGGUUUUUGAGCUUUUUGAUCGCUUGUACUUGCUCUCUGGAGGAAAGACUGUUUAUUUUGGUCAGGCUUCAGACGCAUACGAGUUCUUUGCACAAGCUGGCUUCCCUUGCCCAGCUCUGAGAAAUCCAUCUGAUCAUUUCCUGAGGUGCAUAAACUCUGAUUUUGAUAAGGUCAAAGCCACCAUGAAAGGAUCCAUGAAACUGCGGUUUGCAAGGACUGAUGAUCCUCUGGAGAAGAUCACAACAGCAGAAGCUAUAAGGACACUUAUCAAUUACUACAACACUUGUCAGUACAAUUACUCAGCAAGAGAGAGAGUGGAGGAGAUCUCCAAAGUUAAAGGAACUGUGCUAGACUCCGGAGGGAGUCAGGCUAGCUUCUUGAUGCAAGCCUUCAUGUUAACCAAGCGUUCAUUUGUCAACAUGUCAAGGGACUUUGGUUACUAUUGGCUAAGGCUUGUGAUCUACAUUGUUGUGACUGUCUGUAUUGGAACAAUCUACUUGGAUGUGGGGACAGGCUACAAUUCCAUUUUGGCGAGAGGUUCUUGCGCUUCUUUUGUCUUUGGCUUUGUCACAUUCAUGUCAAUUGGUGGGUUUCCUUCCUUUGUUGAAGAUAUGAAGGUUUUCCAGAGAGAACGGUUGAACGGUCACUAUGGCGUGGCUGCAUUUGUCAUUGGAAAUACACUCUCUGCACUUCCUUUCCUGAUAUUGAUAACUUUUAUCUCCGGAACCAUCUGCUACUUCAUGGUUCAUCUCCAUCCAGGGUUUAUGCAUUAUCUCUUCUUUGUUCUCUGCCUCUAUGCGAGUGUUACAGUAGUUGAGAGCUUGAUGAUGGCCAUAGCCAGUGUCAUCCCCAACUUCCUUAUGGGAAUUAUCAUUGGGGCAGGGAUCCAGGGAAUUUUCAUGCUAGUCUCUGGGUACUUCAGGCUCCCAAAUGACAUCCCAAAGCCCUUUUGGAGGUAUCCCAUGUCUUACAUCAGUUUCCAUUUUUGGGCUCUCCAGGGUCAAUACCAAAAUGAUCUCAAGGGCUUGCUUUUUGACAACCAGUCACCUGACCUCCCCAAGAUCCCUGGCGAGUAUAUUCUGGAGAAUGUGUUCCAGAUUGAUGUGAAGCGAUCAAAAUGGAUAGAUCUCAGUGUUCUCUUCAGCAUGAUCAUCAUUUACCGUGUAAUCUUCUUCAUAUUGAUCAAGGUGAACGAGGACGUCACCCCCUGGGUGAGAGGAUACAUAGCUAGGAGAAGGUUGCAGCAGAAGACAAACGGCAAUCCCAGAGCAAUGCCGGAUCGCCUCACUCAGUCACCUUCCCUCAGGAGUUACACCGUCAACCAAGCAGACAGACUCUAGUACUGUGUUAGCACAGAAUACAGCCAGAAGAGAGAAAGAGAGAGAGAGAGAGAGAGCCUUCCAUCAAAUUAGUCUAUAUUACAUUUGCUAAAGCCAGAUGGAUAGAGAGAGACAGAAAAAAGAAAACUGAAAAAGUGUGUGUUCUUACAGUUCCAUGUAAUAAAAUCCAGUCUAUCUCUUUGAAUUCAGAUAGAGAGAUGGUGGGUUUGAUGGGAAGAUCAGUAAAUACAGAUACUGUUGAUAAACAGUCUUCAAACUAGAAGUAGAUGGUAUCCUUCUGCAACC